AUGCAAGAGAUGAAGGCUCAGCCCCCAGGGGUCGAAGCUAUUCGAAGCAAUGAAAGUCGAUCAGACAGCGACGCUGAACAUGAGCGGCCAAUUAACACCUUGGUGAGGCUCAACCUAAGCGCCGAUGAAUCCAUCAAGAAUGUACGACUGAGGCUGCUGCAGGCACGGCCAACACCGCCUCGACUCAUAUCGAUAGACGUUGGCGGUGUCACUGGGACAAGCACGGAGAUGCAACAACAGUCGAGANCAGACCUUGGGCUCGAGCCCAAAAGCAAUUCGGUGCUGGAUGGCAAGCUUUCCCCGGAACGAGUCGAGGCGGUGAAAGGGCGGGCGGGAUUAUUGGUGAGGGGUCGAUGGGAAACUCUGACGGCCAUGCCGCCAAGCGCAGUCGUGUCUCUCCCCUUGUCUCAGUGGACUUGUGGCGUGCAUAGAAUCAAUGCAGCCGGUUGGCGCUCGACCAUGAUGCAGUGUGCAUGCGUUCACAAAGUGGAUCCUCGCUGGGAACACGACUCCAAC